GCACGAUACAAGGGCGCUGUGACCCCCGGGUGAUCUCCCACCACUCUUUCUGUCUUCCUUUAUCUCUGUGGACUUGUACAUAUUCUGGAAGGGGAGCCACAGUUGCACCAUCGCCCGCCCAUUCUACUACUCAGCCCCUCCCUCCCAAGGUAUUUCCGGAACUAAGCCCUUCCUUUCCCUCUGAUGGGUACACUGAAGCCCCUGCUCCACAGAGUAGGGUGCACGAGGAGGGUAGGAGAGGGGGCGUGUUGAGCAUCUUGCAGUCACAGGGUCAGGGGUCAGGUGGUUGUAGUCUGUACCUGAAGUCUGUGUUUGUGUUGUCGUGGAGACCAGGCCUUUGAGCCCCACCCUUGUCCUAGAACCUACCCCCUUUCAAGGAUGCGCUCUUUAUUUCUACCCUCUGUCCUCGCCACCCCCCACUUCCCGUGGAAAUUCCCAGCUCCGUUCUCAUGGAGGAGUGGGUGGAGACAAGGAGGGAGUAAGUCUUAGGAGUACAAGGUUUUUAUUUUUUUUAACAGUGAUUAAAAUAUUUAUUGGUCAUUUACUUGGCUUCCCGACAACCGUGUGUUUGGUGGGGACGCGGCACAGAUGGGGGAAAGCAGGAGUAAUGGUUUUCGGGCAAGUGGAUGCUGGAGAGCACACACGGGAGUUGGGGAGCUGGGAGUGGGUGCCUGGGCUUAGGGAGGGCUCGAACUCGGGGCUGCUGUGUAGUCCAAGAGGGCGCGGUAAGACUGGGGUGUCCUGGUGAGAACUGGAGAGGAUCUUCCCGGGUCCCUGCCUGGCCAGUGAGGAAACACUGGUCUCCCAGGCACCCUCACCUAACCAGAGCGGGGAUUUCCACCGCCCCUCCCGUCGCCCUUUGGAGGAAAGUGAAAGUGAAAGGAGGAAGAGGAGGGUUGCUGGCUGAGGAGGUCGCAGAGCCAUGAAGUCGCUGUCUCUGCUCCUCGCUGUGGCUUUGGGCCUGGCGACCGCCGUCUCGGCAGGACCCGCGGUGAUCGAGUGUUGGUUCGUGGAGGAUACGAGCGGAAAGGGUCUGGCCAAGAGACCCGGUGCACUGCUGUUGCGCCAGGGACAGGGGGAACCGCCGCCCCGGCCGGACCUCGACCCUGAGCUCUACCUCAAUGUGCACGACCCCGCGGGCUUCCUCCAGGCUGCCUUCAGGCGGUACCCCCGGGACGCCCCCGCACCACACUGUGAGAUGAGCCGCUUCGUCCCUCUCCCCGCCUCUGCGAACUGGGCCAGCGGCCUGACCCCGGCGCGGAACUGCCCGCGGGCCCUGGAUGGGGCUUGGCUGAUGGUCAGCAUGUCCAGCCCAGUCCUCAGCCUCUCCAGCCUCUUGCGACGACAGCCGGAGCCUCAGCAGGAGCCUGUUCUCAUCACCAUGGCAACAGUGGUACUGACUGUCCUCACCCAUACCCCUGCCCCUCGAGUGAGACUGGGACAAGAUGCUCUGCUGGACUUGAGCUUUGCCUACAUGCCCCCCACCUCUGAGGCCGCCUCAUCUCUGGCUGCGGGUCCCCCUCCCUUUGGGCUAGAGUGGCGACGCCAGCACCUGGGUAAGGGACAUCUGCUCCUGGCUGCAACUCCUGGGCUGAAUGGCCAGAUGCCAGCAGCCCAAGAAGGGGCCGUGGCAUUUGCUGCUUGGGAUGAUGAUGAGCCAUGGGGCCCAUGGACCGGAAAUGGGACCUUCUGGCUGCCUAGAGUUCAACCCUUCCAGGAGGGCACCUAUCUGGCCACCAUACACCUGCCAUACCUGCAAGGACAGGUCACCCUGGAGCUUGCUGUAUACAAACCCCCCAAAGUGUCCCUGAUGCCAGCAACCCUUGCAUGGGCCGCCCCAGGGGAGGCACCCCCGGAGUUGCUCUGCCUUGUGUCCCACUUCUACCCUCCUGGGGGCCUGGAGGUGGAGUGGGAACUCCGGGGUGGCCCAGGGGGCCGCUCUCAGAAGGCCGAGGGGCAGAGGUGGCUCUCGGCCCUGCGCCACCAUUCCGAUGGCUCUGUCAGCCUCUCUGGGCACUUGCAGCCGCCUCCAGUCACCACUGAGCAGCAUGGGGCACGCUAUGCCUGUCGAAUUCACCAUCCCAGCCUGCCUGCCUCGGGGCGCAGCGCUGAGGUCACCCUGGAGGUAGCAGGUCUCUCAGGACCCUCCCUCGAGGACAGCAUAGGCCUUUUCCUGUCUGCCUUUCUUCUGCUCGGGCUCUUCAAGGCACUGGGCUGGGCUGCUGUCUACCUGUCCACCUGCAAGGAUUCAAAGAAGGUACAUUGCUCCACCUCUCUGUAUCUUUCCCUUGUCACUUUAUCUCCUCAUCCUAUCUCAAAACCCAUGGAGGGAGGCUGCUGGUGUGGUAGGCAGAACCUAGGCUUGGAAUUCACGCUGAUUUGGGUUAAAACCUGGCACUAUAUCCUAACUGUAGGACUCUUAGUGCAUGCUACUUAAUCUAUAUCUGUUUCCCUGGGUGUAGGGAUUUUAAAAAGUUACUUAGGCAGUGCUGUCCAGUAGAAAGAUAAUGCAAGCCACAUAUGUAAAUUUAAAUAAUCUAGUAGUCACAUUAAAAAAAAAGCAGAAACAG